AUGCCAUCCCAGAGCACUACAGGUCUCCACUGCCUACUUCUACUGGUCACAGUAUGUUGCCAGACAUCACAGGACUCAAACUUUGAUCCAUUCUCCCCAUAUGGAAUUGACAGUGCACUGGAAGAGGGAGGCGUCCAGCCAGAGAUGCAAAGGCAGAAGCGAAAGAUGCUUUUUUUUGACCUUCCACCUCCGGAGUACACUGUUGACAUUGAAGUAAGCCUUAUGGAUUCAUCUUUUCUGGAGCCAGUCAAAGAGUAUUUAAAAAACCUUAAUCUUUCAACAAGCAUUUCAAAUGUAGACGUGACAAUUUCAAACGUCAGCGUUACAACAGUCUGUCUGCCCAACCCUGAGAACAAAAGCUGCUGUUCUUGUGAAAGUGGAUAUGCCUGGCCAAGUGCAGUGUGCAGUGACUUGGUAACCUGCCCUUCCAUCAGCCUAGCACCCGACCUACCCUGCAGCUACGUGAAGGAAAUGCCUCUCUCUGGGCCUUACUGUGAGCCCCAGACUGAAGACUCAUGUGAUGUAGCAACUCCUGUUGUAAUGAAUAUGUCAGUCAGACUCGACAUAGAAUUUCAGGACGAUCUCGGGGAUUCUUCUUCUGGAUUAUACAAAGAAUACAAAGCUGACCUUGAAAAAGUGUUUCAUGCUAGCUACAGAUGCUUACCAGGCUUUGUAUCGACCACAGUAACUGGUUUCAGUCCUGGAAGUGUUUUUGUGAACUACGAAGUAAAAGCAGGACCAGCCAGCUUCAAUCAGAUAUCAAAUUCCAACAAAGUUGUACCACAAUUGCUACCUGAAUUUUACCAGAUAAACCAAUCUACCUUCACAACACAAAUAACUGAUCAGACAAACUUCACCGUGAGUCCUGCAGACAUUUUUGAAGGGGAUACAGUAAAACUGAUUUGUGAGAUAAAUUCAACAUCUGAUGAUGUCACCUGGUAUCACUUUGAUCAGAUCAUCCCAGGCAGCUUUCGGUAUAUGAUGGAGAGAAAAAUUUCGAGGAAACGCUCGAGGUCGAUUCUUAAAAUUAUCAACGUUACAAUGAAGGAUUCUGGCUCCUACAGGUGCACUUUCACCACCAGCAACCAGUUCCUCACGCUGAUGUACAACGCCACGAGAACAGUAACAGUCUCUCAGCUCCACGUCACUCCCAACGUGAACAACAUCAGUGUCACAUGCAACAGUCCUGAGGUGCAGAGCAACAGCCCUCUGCUGUCCUGCUGCACUGACAGGCACUUGCUGUCACUUACAGGCGACUGGAAAGUAAAUGGACCAAUCAAUAUUAGAGGAGUCUCCAGUUUCAGUGGAAACUGCACUGAAUACAGGCUGAACGUCUCCGAAUCGCUGUGCCCACCUGAGCACUCGGGCACAGUGACAACAUACACCUGUGAGCUGCGGACUGGACACGGCGCCAGGAGCAGCCAAAGCAUCCGAGUGACGUACCUGCGGGCAGCCCAUGUAACAAUAUCUUCAAGCACAAACUCACUCGUUUCCGAGGGACACGCGUUCAAUCUAACCUGUGAAAGUGAUGUCAGCAAGUAUGACAGCAUCAGCUGGAAAAUCCAGUCUGGGAACAGCACAAAAACAGUAGACUGUGACAAGUGCAUCGACAGCAAACCUCCAGCCACGUCUGUGCUCACAGUGAUGAGUGCUACACAGGACUGGAACGGCACCUACAUCUGCACAUUCUCCCAGAAUUACCUGGAGAGUUCUGCCAACAUGACAAUUGAGGUUAUUUCCUUGCCUCUGAAGGAGAACAUCCUGAUAGACCCCAUUAAAGCAUCUGUACCAUGUAAAGUACAGCAAGCCCUUGAGUGCUGCAUAGGUGCUGACACCAUGGAAGGUUACACUGUCACGUUUGUGGUUCCACAGAAUGAAUUUCAAGCUGAGCAAAAGAAAAAAAAAAAUUUGUUUUGCUACACGUACAAUUACACAGAAACAGAAUGCAAGGCAAAGGAAAAUCUCACAGCAUACUGCAGGUUCGUUAACCGCAUCGGGCAGGAAGUCAGCAGCGAGAGGAUAAGUCUGCACCUGAUACCUGAGAAGGAAGUUUCCUGCUCAGGAAGCUUUGGCAUUGGAAGAGAAGGGGACACAUUAAUAAAGCCAUGUCUGGAGUUAAAUAAUACAGGUAGUUUUACACGAGGCAAUAAAACUUACAAAUGCUCCAAGAAAGCCUGGAAGCUUGAAAAGGAUAACUGCCUGUCUGUAGCAAUAAACAACCUACUGACUAGUGCUGAGGCCUUGUCCAAGAGUCCUGAGGCAAAAGCAAAACUACCUAAAUACCUUGAAGAGCUUAAGAAACAGACAAGCAAGGAGCAAAGCAUAAUAAACAGCUCUCCUGCAAACCUGGGUGCAAUCGUUACCGUCCUGGGUAUAGUCUCCUCUAUCCCAGCAGUUGCAGAGGAGAGCACUAUUCAAAAUUUCCUCUCCACAGUGGACUUUAUUGUUGCUGAUUCCACAUCUGAAGUUUGGCAAGACCUGAAUAAUGAGGACGUACUCAAAAGGUCUUCAUUACUGCAUUCAGUAGAAAAUUUUUCCCUGCACCUCCAACCAGUUAAUAAUACAAUUCCUCCUGUAUCUGUAAACACCCUUCAGCUACAAGGUGGAGUUGUCACAGAAAACAACACCACAGAUUAUAAUAAGAACUUCUGCAGUACAAAAAACCUCACAGUUAGUGUGCUCAUUGAUAAAUCUGAAAUUCAGAGUCUAUCCCAAUAUUCAACCAUUGUCAGUGUGGUGUACUCAAACCUUGAGCAUAUUUUACCCCGGAAUGGGCCCGAGGCUGUGAAUGGUUUAGUGAUAUCAACAACUGUGAGCCAUAACAAAAGCCAGAAAUUCAAUGUUAAUAUGACCUUUGCAAAGAAAAACUUGUCUCUAAAGAUGCCCCGGUGUGUCUUUUGGAACUUCACUCUCAACAAAGAAGGGGGAGGCUGGGACACUCAUGGCUGCACACCCACAGAGGUAGAAAACCAUGUCAUUUGCUCCUGCAAUCACUUGACGUCAUUCUCCAUUCUGAUGUCACCUGAUAAAUCCUCCCAGUUCAUCUUUGAAGACUACAUUACCUACAUUGGCUUGGCCAUUUCAAUCUUGAGUUUGGCAGCCUGCAUUGUGAUUGAGUCCCUGGUCUGGAAAUACGUGACCAACAACACCACCUCCUACAUGCGCCACGUCUGCAUCCUCAACAUCGCCAGCUCCCUCCUCAUCGCCGACGUUUGGUUCAUCGUCACCGCCUCCAUCAGCGACCAAAACCAACCCAUAAGCAGAGACCUCUGUUUCGUGGCCACCUUCUGCAUCCAUUUGUUCUACCUGUGUGUCUUUUUCUGGAUGCUCAGCCUGGGCCUCAUUCUUUUCUACAGACUGAUCUUCAUCUUGCAUAACACAAGCAAGACUGCUCAGAAAGCAGUGGUGUUCUGCCUGGGAUACGGGUGCCCUUUUGUCAUUGCAGUCAUCACCAUUGCCAUCACGCUGCCAAGGAACAGCUACACCAGAAAGGAUGUCUGUUGGCUCAACUGGAAGGACAGCAAAGCUCUCUUAGCCUUUGUCAUACCUGCCCUGGUCAUCGUGGCCAUGAAUUUGUUCAUCACCGCAGUUGUUAUAAUAAAAAUUCUGAGGCCAACUAUUGGGGAUAGGUCAAAUAGGCAGGAGAAGAACUCUUUGUUUCAAAUUGGCAAAAGUGUGGCCAUCCUGACACCACUCUUAGGCCUCACCUGGGGAUUUGGCCUUGCCACUAUCAUCAAGAAUAGUCAUCGAGCUUUCCACAUCCUCUUUGCUGUGCUCAAUGCUUUGCAGGGAUUUCUCAUUUUGGUGUUUGGGGCUCUCUGGGACAAGAGGAUACAAGAAGCCCUGCUGAAGAGGAAUUCAAUAUCCAAGUGGAGUUCGCAGCAAUCGAAGUCAACAUCCUUGAUCCUGGUGACACCAAUGCUUGCUAUGAGCUAUCCGUUUUCAAGAACCUUUAACAACUUAUGUGGGAAAACAGGAAAAUACAGAGUAUCUUCUUCAGAGCCAUCCACCUCUUCUGAAAACACUUCCAAAUCAUAUUCUUUGCUUAAUUGA